UGUUCCUGUGCCGUCAAUAGAUUCAAUGAAUCUCAAUAACCAGUGGAUGUACAUGUACGUAAGGUGAUCAGGCGUACGUUCAUUUAGUGAUCAGACGUACGUUCAUUUAGUGAUCAGACGUACGUUCACAGCGCCGCACCAGGUCCAGGCUGUAUAGGAGCAGACUCGCCCGUUCAGCUGUAGUUCUCCCACACGUGACAAUGACAGACAACAACAGUGUCUGGCUUCCACAUGAUAUAGAGGAGACAUUGCGCUCACGAGGUUAUGCCGAGUUUACCGAGGUCGUUGUGGAGGACCACAAGCUGAUGGUCCGCUGCAAUUUCUGCGACAAAAAGAGCAGUGUCAAUUUGAAGUCCAGAACCUUUGGCGACUAUGAAGAACAUCUAAAAAGCUUUGAACAUAAGAGAAAUGAAUAUUGGCUUUCGGGGUCCACGGCUCACCCUGCUGAAGAUGAUAGUGUUCAUGUUAUAGGAAGGGAGGGAAAAAGUUACGACAAUGCAGAUGAGGAUGGAUUCCGACAAGAGGACGCUCCCUACCAAUGGCAGUACCGUAAUCACAUGACUGGAAACUGGACUGACUUUACAGACAGCGAUACAAUUGAGAUGAACUUCUGUAAGGUCGAAAACGAGGAGUUCAAUGUUAUCAUGCCAAAAUCGGGCUCUGGAAGUAUUUCCCCUCGGGCCAAUACAAUUGGAACAAUCAACUUCGAAGAUGGCAAAGCUAUGCUGGUGAAGCUGCAAGAUUCAAAGAAACCGAUGCAGGUGCGCCGCGUCUCUUUUUCGGAGACCAAAUGGAAGUGGUAUUGGUUAGACGAGUAUAAUAGGUGGAAACAGUACGUCUCCCAGAGUGAUAAAAAGGGUAAACCAAAUGCACCAUUGGAAGACAUAGAGGAUGCAUACCAUGCCUCAGAUGGUCACUUUGAGUUUACAGACGGUCAGAAGUAUGACAUAGACUUCUCCAGGAUGGUGCAGAGGAGCAUCAGCAAUAACGCUGAGAUGAAGGUUCGGCGGAGGCCGGAAUUCACAUUGAAAAAGGAGGCAAAGAAAGGAGGCCAAGCUACAACCGAAACUGACCCCACAGGUGCAGGCAAAGCAAUCUCAGUUAAGGAAAGUGAUACCGCGAGUGGUGGAAAGGUGGAGGCCGCAGAGGGAAAGACAGACUCCUCCAACACCCCAGUCGAUUGGGAUAUCUAUGGUGUUUUCCAUGUGGGAAGGCCUAAGAGUUGUGGGAAAGGGAAUAGUAGUCUGAUAUCAUCUUACAUACCGGACCAUUGGGAUGUUAGCGAAAUGGGAGAUGGUGAUGGCGUUCACUAUGUGAACUUGGACAAGACAUCCGCUAAAACAAGUGAUGAAUACCAGAAGAUUGAGGCUAGGUUCAAAGCAACCAUGGCAGGUAACACUGUGACGUCCAUCAAGAGGGUCCAGAAUUUGGAGGUAUUCGACGCCUAUUACAGGAAGAAAAUCUGGAUGAAAAAGAAGAGCAAAACGGACCCGAAGGAGCUUCUUCUUUUUCAUGGAACAAAAGCUGCCAACAUCACCGCGAUAUGUGAACAGGGCUUCGACUGCAGAGUCAGUGGAACAGGAUCUGGCACAGCAUAUGGAAGGGGGACUUACUUCGGAGCUGAAGCGAGUAUGUCCGCUGGCUAUACCAAUAGCAAAUCGAUGUUCGUGUGCAAGGUUCUGGUCGGCGACUAUUGCCGUGGAAAUCCAAGUUUUGUCAGACCACCACAAAAAGAUGCCCAGAACUUUUAUGACUCUUGUGUGAACAACACUGCUAACCCUGGAAUGUAUAUCAUAUUUAAACCCGAGCAGGCCUACCCAGAAUAUAUCAUUCAGUAUCAAUAGACGGUAGAUGUGUAAAAAAUGCUGUGUUUUUGUCGACACUGCGAGUAUAGAUCUAGCUAUUCGUGACUUUUCGCAAAUCCCCGAAAAGCCAACGCGAACGCCUGUCCCAUUGUUCGAUAUCGUGAUCAGGAGCUAGAACAAUGGGAAAGGCGUUCGCCUUGGCGUUUUAUUCCCCGAUCUACUUGUGGCUUUUCCGUGGUAUCUCCAUAACCGCGAAAUUACAUCAGUCUCGUGCGCUGCUUUGAGGACCGACUGACUAGGUGAUGAAGCGAAAAGAGAAGGGUCUUUAUCUUGUGAUAUUACUGUGAUCACAUGACUGUACGAUAUAAUACAAUAAUAAUUUUCCACAUUAUUGUAUAUACUAUAUUGUUGUAUAUAAUAUAAACACGUACGUCUGUU